GAUAUGAGUCACCAAAAGGUGUGUAGAGCAUCUCUACGUGUGAUUACAAUGCAUACUGUGUUAGAAGCAGAAACCAUAGGUUUAAAUCUUAUACCUGGAAAAAAACUGGGUCGAACCUGUCGAAGUAAAGUUAUGACAUGUUUAUCAAAAAGUAUAAGUGAAAAUAAAAAUCAUGAAGAUUUUGAUAUUGUUAAUGAAAGAUCCAUUCAAAAUAAAAAAGAAAGUGUAGAUACACACUUUACAUCUGCCGGAGUAUCUCCAAUUAAGGUCAAAGGAUUGCACAAGUCAGGUAAAAUCAGAGAAGGUAAAUGAAAAUUGACAGCAUUAACAACCUCCAUUAAAAAAGGUAGCCAUUUCCCUUAAUAUAUCAGAAGAAAGUUUUGAAGAACAGUCAAGUUUUAAUAAUGAGUAUAUGAAAAAAGCAAACUUGUUUGAUAACAUGAUGGUAUUGUUAACUAACAAAAUUGCAGAGUCUACAUCAACAUCAAGAAAAGUACAACUUGCGACACUUGCCCCAACAGACUGGUCAAUAAAAAAGGUAUCUGAAACAUUGCAUGUAACAAACUAUGUAGUUCGAACUGCACGUAAGUUAACAUUAGAAAAAGGUAUUUUAACCAUGUCUAAUCCUAAAUUAGAAAAAGCUCUUCCUGAUGUAACAGUUCAACUAGUAAAGAACUUUUACGAAGACGAUGAACAUAGCCGUAUAAUGCCUGGUAAAAAAGACUAUGUAAGCAUAAAGAAAAAUGUCCACAUUCAAAAACGUUUGCUCUUAUGUAAUUUAAAGGAAUUGUUUGUUGCCUUUAAAACCAAGAACCCAGAAAUAAAAAUAGGAUUUUCAAGGUUUUGUACCUUGCGACCUAAAUAGUGUAUUACUGUUGGUGCCUCAGGAACACAUUCUGUAUGCGUCU